GUGGUGCUGAGACGAAAUGGUUGACUGAAUCGCAAGACAGACUUUGGGAUUCUGGAUUUCAAGUCUUUCUCUGCAAAGGGGAUAAACGUGCCUUAUUCAACAUGAUUAUAACCCAACUUGUUUUCUGGUCAUGGAACUGGAAGGCUCCAACAAAUUUGGCGGUACUCACAGAAAACAAGGAGGAGAUGGAACAAGACCCCAAAUUUUUCAGAUUUCGUCAAGCUUUAGAAAAUAAAGGUUUCUUUGUUGCCGUAGAACACCCUGAGACACUCAUCAACCAAGAAACUGCCGUUGAAGAGCCGCCAGAUGACUCCCCAAUACCUUACUAUCAAUAUGCAAGUGACAACACUCUUAAGUUGGCUUACUGGAGCAAAGAAGAUGAUGAAGCUUUCAGAUCUAAACAUGAAGAAGUUUGA